AUGGAAGGCGGUUCCGGAUGGACCGAAUCGCUCGAGAAGGACUUUGACAAAGCGUUCGUGUCGCUGGACUUGCUGCUCGGCGAAGUCGACUCCGAUCAGGUACUUCUUCUUCUCACUUUUCACCGUCCACUUUGAGUUGUGCACUUCUUUUCGUCUAUCUAAUGAUCGUCAGGUUGAGAUCACCUACGAGGGCCGUCAAAAGAUGACGUCGUUGAGUGCGUGCUUCGCCCAAAUGAUGCACAAGUGUCAGUUCAUGAUGCACACGAUCGGCAAGCAGGAGAAGGUGGGUAGUUGUUGCAAAACUUCCGGUAGGUGUUGUGAAAAAAUACUCGACCGUUCAGGAGAUGCUAGCGAUGCGAAACGAGGUGAUCGAGGCACGCGCGGCCCGACAAAGUAUGGAAAAAGAGGUGGAGCAGUUGAUGAUCCAGGUGCACUCGCUCCAAUGUCAACUUCAUUCGAAGACGGCGCCACACGAGUCGGAUAUGAUCAAAAAGAAAUUGGUAAGUGAGGCACCGGGCUACAGCCUACAGUACUUCUCCAGCGAUUGUAGGAAUCGCAACUGACGCAAUUCCGUUCGGAACUCAUGCAAGGCCUGAGCACCGUGUGCGAGCUGGAAAUGGCGCGGAAAGAGUGCGAUCGCUCGAAAAAAACCAUUCAGGCACUCGAGACCGAGGUGUUCGGCGCCCGAUUGGCGGCCAAGUACCUCGACAAGGUAGGAGUUGUGUAGUUGUUGCAUCACUGCGCUACCGUAUUUUGUAGGAACUCGCGGGACGGAUACAGCAGAUCCAGCUGUUGGGCCGGAAUAUGCGCGGAGUGGAGCACGAUCGAUUGUGGAAUCAGUUGGAGGCCGAGAUCCAUUUGCACAGGCACAAGACUGUCAUCAGGGCUUGCAGGUGAGUGGGCCAAGCCUUAAAAACCCUGGAGAAAUGCUAGACAACAUUCAAAAAAUUACAAAUUCUGUCGUUUCGAUUGUCGCCACAUUCCCACCCGAAAUCCGCUUCUUCUCCCCCCACUCACUCACUCACUCAUCAUGAUACUCAUCCUCUCCCUUCUCGACUCUUCAGAGGACGCGGUAACACGAAGGGAUUAGCGGCGCCACUUCGUCACAAUUUCAAGGGUCUUCGGAAGCGAAACGGAGUGGGAAAGAGCCGCAAAGUGGUGUUGUCGAAGCAUCCGCACGAGGGACUCGGCAUCUCCAUUACGGUAUGGCUAAGGGGAGGGGAGGGAUCUAGUUUGACAAACGUUGGCUCGUGCUAUUGAAAGAGCCCAUAUUCGUCAUUCUUGAGGCUUAUAGUUCCAUCAAAAAUAAUAGUUCUGAAAAGAGCAUAGGAGCUGGACCUGUUAGAUAAUAAAUGAGUCUUGCAGGGAGGAUCCGAGCACGCGCUGCCGAUCGUGAUCUCGGAAAUCCAGCCGGGCCAACCGGCCGAUCGAUGCGGACAAGUGUUCGUGGGCGACGCGAUUCUCUCGGUGAACGGAUACGAUUUGCGGACGGUCAAGCAUCAGGAGGCCGUCGAUAUUCUGAGCGCACAGGUCCAGCAAGGCGACCUCGACCUCGAACUCGUCUUUGUUUGUCCCGAUGAGGACAGCGACGAUGACGGCACGGUGACGAUUGAGCACAGCGAUGGAUCCAUGUGAGUCUGGGUGCGAUGAUAGAGAAGUGAGAAAGCAAAAAUGUUUCUACCUCAUUGGCGGUCGAACCAAAACCAUCCCCUAGAUUACUGUUCGCGCACGCAAUCACUGCGCCACACGCCCAAUCUCUGAUCAGCGUCGACGCUUGAUCCCAAGGCGUACACAUUAUCGCUGAAUGGCGCGCCCGGACGGAGUCCUCCAAAUCUAGAACUUUUUUCAGCUACAAUCUGUACAACAUCGAGGAGCCCACUUCGUCGCGCUCUUCUUCGAACAAUUCGGACGAAUCGCGAAGCACGUGA